AUGAGUGCAGCUCAUCACGAAAUUGACGAAGACGUAGUUGUGAAACCUGUGGGAAAUAUAGAGGCAUUUCCGUUAGCUUGUAUAAAGAAAAUUUCGACCCUUCAACCGCUGCAGCUCAUGAGCCGUGACAGCAAUGCAAACGAUAGAAGUAAUGGAAAAGUCGAGACCGCGCUCUUCAAUGGGCUAUCAUACCAGAAAAAGAACGAGAUGCUCCGAAGAGCUAGAAAAAGGGUCUCCGAGAAGUUUGUCGCGCUCCGCGGAGAGAUGCCAAUGGACGUAAUCAUCGAGGACGCGAUGCGUCACUUCGAUGCAACGUGUCCAAUGGGUGCCUCUAACUUGCUGACUCUUUGUGACUUCAGUCAGGUUGCUGGUUACCAUCGAAGUCGAAGGAGGAAUUCGGCGAAUGGUUCGCUGUUCGUGGAUUGCUGUGGAAGGAGCGACUUUGCCCCAAUAGUGGAAUUCCCGUUAAAGUCGCACAGCACGCAAAUGUGA